AUUAUAGGAAGCAACGAUCGUCCUCGCUUUCCUUCAAGCACCGUCUCUAAACUCUCGAGGGUUCACGUUGCUUCUUCUUCUUCGGUUGGUGAAACCAGUAAGCAAUGUUCAGAUUCUGGGGAUCGCAAGAGCAGCAGCAGCAGCAACAACAACAACCGCAGGAUGGUUCUUCUUCACAGUCGUGGUAUCCGCCGUCCGUGACGAGCUCGCCGAGGCCAGCCACGCCGACUUCCUCUUCGUCUUCAUCUCAACAGAGGCCUUCUUCGCAUGUUCCUCCUGCUGAAGCCGCUGGGAUUAUUUCUGCUUUGAAGGACAAGAGUGUUGAUGAGUUACGGAAGCUUUUAUCUGACAAAGAUGCAUAUCAACAGUUUUUAAAUUCGCUUGAUCAGGUCAAGAUUCAAAAUAAUCUGAAAGAUGAACUUUGCAAGGAGAAUUUGCAGCUUGCAGAGGAAAAUCUACAAAAGGAACCUCGUAUCAUGGAACUUAGGAACCAAUGUAGAAUAAUUCGGACAACCGAAUUAGCCACUGCUAAUGAGAAACUAAAUGAGCUUGAGAAGCAGAAGGAAGAAAUGAUGAAGUUGAACUCCCCUGCAUCUCUCCUCCAAAGGAUUCAAGAGUCUAUAAAUAAGACAGAUGAGGAAUCGGAAAAUCUGCACCAGAAUCUCCUUGACGGAGAGAUUGACCUCGGAGCCUUUUUGCAGAAAUACAAGAAGCUACGUACCACUUAUCACAGGAAAACGCUCAUACAUCUGGCUGCUAAAACAUCAACUAUAUGAGCACAACCCUUUGAAAUAUGGAAAUUAAAGAAGUAACUCCUUGAUUUGGCUCGAAUGCAUUUGAUUUUUGGUUCAUUCUUGUCAAUAGUUGGCACUGGUCAAAGUUACUCUUGUUACCAAUUAUGUAAGAUGUCGUUUGGAUUGAGCUAUGAGCUAUCUAUGAUCAAGUGAGAAACAUUUAUUUGUACAGCUUUAGAAUUGAGAUUGUUCACCAAACUUUGGUGACUUGUAUUCAUAAUACAUCUAUUUUCGUUUGGGUAUUCCGUAUUCAUAAAAUGAGAUUGUUCACUUGGUGACUUGUAUUCAUAAA